AUGGUCGAACUCUGUCACAAUUCAUCGAACGAUGGCAUGCAUUCCACCUACCUAGCCUUUGGCCCUAGUAAGCUACAGGUAAGCAUCCGAGCAUCUGAGGAUUCCCAAUUCAUGUACACUCGUGGCACUGGUUUCCAUAAAUGCUCUCUGAUUACUCAAUUUGGCCUGCCUAGAGGCGGAACCGACGAGUCCUACAGGACAGCCUCCACGUCGCAUGUGGUUGUUGACCAAACAGUGGCAAUCUUGCAUCCGCUCGUAAAGAUCGCCAAAGGCCAUCUCUCACGCACUCGAAUCAAUGCCUCGUCGAGGGGCGAUAGCGGUCGUACUUCUGUUGCUCCAACUCACAAGAGAUUGCAUGCCGCACUAAUUCUCACCCGCUCAACACUGCUGCCCGCUCCCUGUUUUCAUCUCCUAGCCGCAGAUCAAAACAAGCAUCAUACAUUUGCCGAUUGCUCAGCAUCUCGUUUCGUUUUGAACCCCCUCCUCCUAUUACCGCCAACUGUAUUCAUUGAAUUAGUAAGAUUUUCUACAAGGUUGCAGACUCGUAGGGGAAUGCACGCCGGCGGCGUCACGCGAACCCGUACUUUUGGAGCUGGGAAGCACGCCUACCCCGGCCGCUUCUCUGCCGCUGUCGAAGCCCAACCCGUGCUCGUGAAGCUGCUGCAGACGAUCGAUUCUAAAUCGAGGGAUGGGCAGGAGAGGCCCCAGGACGGAGUGUGGAGCGAGCAUCCCGCUUCCGAAGAGUGGAGCCGUGAUUAUGCUCCACAACCGGCGACGCUGAGUGAGGUGAAGCUGGUUUCCAGCAUUGGGAUUGGACUCGGUGUGGGGGCGCGUGCGAAUCGCAGACCUAGUGGCGAAAUGCUGCAUUUCGCACCACAACCUUCCCAAGAUGUCAAGCUCGCCGCCCCCUCUAACAGGUGA